UCAUUGCAUCUCCCCGGUUUCUUUCUUUCCCUCGCCAACGUUUGACGCUGGGAACGAGCGCUGCAGUACAGUGGGUUUGCGAAAGAAGGAGCACUCUUUUUUAUGUGUGCGCGCGUGUGUGGCAAUUCGUUCGUUACGUCGUCUCCGCGAUGAUUGGUGUGUGGACGUGAGCGUUCGUUGCUGUACGGCCUAGCGCGCCACGCUUUUUUUGUGUGCGACUCGAAGUGAUGGAUUUCGCCGGUUGUUUGCGUGCCCUUAGUUUUUUUUUUUUUUUCGCCCUGGAAAUUUUCAGACCGCCCGGAAUGCCGGCAAGACUGCUUAGUUCGAUGACGUCGUUCUGAAGUCCCCGACAAGACCGGCGUCUACCGCACGAAGCCAACAACCAUGGGAUCCGGCGACAUACAGUGCCCGUUGGACGUAAGCGAUGUCCCGCGCAAGUACGCCCACAUCUUCCGCAAGAAGAAGACCUGGGAGCUGGUGAUGCUUAGCGGUGCCGUGUGCGGCAUCGAGUUGUGCUACGCCGCGGAGACGGCCUUCAUCGGUCCAAUCCUGUUGGGCCUCGGCAUACCCAUCUCCUUCGUGGCGCUCGCCAUGUGCUUAAGUCCAGCGCUGGGCUUCUUCGUCACGCCCGUACUGGGGUCCAUGAGCGACACCUGCACGUCUCGCAUGGGCCGCCGACGGCCUUUCAUCAUAAUCUUCGCGCUGGGCAUGCUGCUGGGCCUGAUCCUACUGCCCAACGGCCAGGACUUGGGCAUAGCGCUCGGCGACAGCGGCGUGAACGUGCUUGGCGAAGGCAAUGAUGUGAUUCCAGAGAGCAACUCAACAAACCUUUCGAACAACUCGACCACCGGCAAUGUUGCAUACCACAGCUGGUCUAAGCAUGGCUGGGGCAUCAUGUUCACCAUCGUGGGCUUCGUGUUCCUGGACAUGUGCUGCGACGGCUGUCAGUCACCGGCCAGGAGCUACGUCCUCGACGUCACGAUCGUGUCGGACCACGCGCGUGCGCUCUCGAUGUUCACCGUUCUCUCGGGCCUGUCGGGCGCCGUCGGCUACGUCAUGGGCGGCAUCGACUGGGAAAGCACGGCGGUCGGAGCCAGUCUCGGCGGUCACGUCAAGACCGUGUUCGGUAUCGUCGGCGCAUUCUUCGUCGGCUGCAUCGUGUUGACUCUGUCGAGCUUCCGCGAGAUGCCCCUGCCCGUCGUCAGGGCGGCCACUGCGGCUGGCUACUUCGACCAAGGCGGGGGACACGGCGAGUACGAGAGGUUCACCAACGACGACGCCAGCGGGUGCGAGGAGACCGAGAGCAUGGAGCUCGCCAGGCAAAAGUCGAGCGGUCCGUCCAAAGCCCGCGGCAAGGAAGUGGAUGACGAAGCCCCUCCAACGUUCAAGGAGUACCUCCUCUCCAUAAUCUACAUGCCUAGGACCAUGAUGAUUCUGUGCCUGACGAACCUGUUCUGUUGGAUGGCACUAGUCAGCUACUCGCUCUUCCUCACGGACUUCGUGGGCGCCGUGGUGUACGGGGGAGAUCCCGUGGCACCCAUGGGCACAGAAUCUUAUCGCGUCUACCAGAGCGGAGUGCGACUGGGCUGCUUCGGCUUGGCUAUCGACUCCGUCACCUGCGCACUCUACUCAUUGUUCAUCGAAAAGCUUGUGCACCGCUUCGGGGCCAAACCAAUAUACAUCUUGGGCCAGGCGGCCUACUCCGUGAGCGUGGCUUUGCUCGCCAUGUUUCGCACCAAGGCGGCCGUGCUGCUGGUGUCACCCGCGGCGGGCCUCUUGUACGCCACCCAGUUCACGAUGCCCUUCAUCUUGGUGGACCACUACCACAGCUCGAGCAUGGUGGAGGCUGACGCCGACUGGUCCGAGCGCGGUCUGGGCACAGAUAUUGCGCUCGUGAGCAGCAUGAUGUUCCCGGCACAGUUGCUACUGUCUCUCUGCGCUGGGCCCAUGGUUCGUCUCUUCGGAGGGUCACCGACUGUCAUCAUGUACGGCGCGUCGCUGGUCAGCGCUUGUGGGGCACUGUGUGCCAUGCGCGUCACUUACCACAGAUUGUGAGCUGAAUGCACACACCAGGAAGGAGUGCAAGCAUUGUGUUGCUCUAUUACUGUGGCAUACCAUCAACGCUGCGACCUGAUGACAGCGCUAAUAUACAGCGACCACUGGAACUGGCGGGAAAAGGCGCACGUGUCUCAAGCUCAAGAAGACUGGAAUGCAGUGCUACAGUCGCGGAACCACCGUGAGCUCAAUUUCGGGGAUAGUUGCGAGUUCACAACUGUCAGUGUAGCACCAUUUUUACGGUCGACACCUUUGUUCUACAACGUACACAGAACUAUUACGUACGCCUGUUGAGAACUCACCGCUUCGAAACGAGACAGGGCCGCUUACUGCAGGCACUGUUCAUUGGCUGGUCUUUGCCAUUAUCAUGGUCGGUUCGAACGAUACAACAAGCUGCCAUUUCACCCGAAAGAUACGUAUAUAUGUGUACGUUAUCACUGGAUACCUAAAUUCUUUUACCACAUCUUCAGAAGGUUUGCAUACCCAACAUAGCUACUUGCACUCGUUUGCUGAGUGACACGAUUUGCGGCAUAACUGUCUCCAGCAGCCACAUUGCUAGUCCCAUUUGAUAAACUAGACAGGAUGGUAGCAGCGCUCUAACACCUACAAACGUUGCAGAGGACCUCAUAAAUUUAGUACACCAAGGUCUCACAUUAAGGAGCAUGGUUCGCCCUCAGCAGUUUCACAUAUACGUUAAAGCUUCACGAAAAACUGCAUGAAACAACAAUAAGUCAUUUGCUCCAGGCAGCAAACUUCAAUGCAUACAAGCGUUCAGGUGCAUCUUUGAAAUGACUCGGCAACGUGCCUGUUCACGUGGUAUGGUGUGGCGUACAGACAACCAAUCCACACAAACGAUAGAUCAAGCAGUCAAUCGAUGCAUUCGGGAGCCGUACGCUACAACUAAUGGGCAGGCUUAAAUGUACGAGUUGAUCGUAUAUGUUUAGGCACUCAACAACGAUGUGGGAUGAUAGUGCGCAAUGUGAAGCAAGUGUGCGAGACUGGUGCAAAAGCUAUUUGCGCUUCGUAUACCGGCCAUUUUACAUACCAAUGACACCGAGAGGAUGGACGUUAUUCCAUUCUCGCAUUCACAAAGUUAAAAGAUCACCUUUAAACAAAUGCUUCAUUCACAUGUAGCUGUCCGUACAUGGAUGCAGGCACGCAACAGUGUGGAUCAUGCAUAAGCAGGACAAGGUGUACUCGUACAUAUACAGUCGAGCACGAAAUAAUGCCCACGUGGCGAAAUUGCCGUCUGCGCCAUCUAGAGGCGAGCGGUCUGCGGUCGAGAGUAUAGCUCUGGCGGCGUAAUCGGUAAAGCAAUGCUCCCGACAGCAGACGGCUUACCACUAAACGGCGCAGAUGGCAAUUCUGGCACACGAUCGCGUGGCCUCUAUUAUUCUGUGGCCGACUGUAGACGCGUGCUUCCCUUUGAAAGAAGUGAGUCAACUUUGUCGGGCGCCAUAAGUGCAAUACGAAACACUUCAUAAUUACGACCGCGGAGAAUUAAGCUCUCCAACGCUGACAAGCUAAUUACAGUGCCAAGUUGCAAGGUUACCACACCGGUAAACAGGUCACUAGACACUGCCCAUUUCCUGGUCCUGUCGUGUAUGUUCGUGUGCAUCCAAAGAAAGCCACUGACUGCAUCUUCUGAUGUCAGACUAUGUGCAAAACGAUGUUCGCAAGUGAUUUUUUCGGCACAUGCACGAAACUCGUUCCUGGUUGCGGCGAACAGAGUUCUUUUACGUAGCUUGAACUCUCACUCUUCCCCCGCUCAAAGGUAUGCCAGCAUAAAGAGAGCAUUUGUGAAACCUAGUCUAUAGUCAAUGAUAUAUGCUUAGGCUUAGUUGCGUACAGGCAAGGGCUUUUCUCAGUGCAGCAAAGGUGACGCACAAGACUCCUAGCACAAGGAUCCCGCGGAUGGCAGCCUUUAAGGGCAAGGCGGGGACACCCGUAGGUAACCAGCUGUGACAGCGAGUUGAAUUAACUGCGGAGCUCGCUACAAAGAAAGAGUGAUCACAAAAUACUUGCUUUCCUCUCGCAACUUCCAAGUUUUUAUAAUUACUCGCCGAGAUUUUAACACUGACUUCAGUUCAGACGGUGCCAUUUGCCUCGUCAUACCCGUAUUUAUACAUAUUGUGAAAUAUGUACAGAAACAUUGCCGUAAAAUUUGACUGCAAUGGCGCUUGAUGUGACAUUAAAGCACGGCUGUUAAUUUCCGUAUCCACAUAAGUUUAGGACGCUCCAAUACCGACGGCCUUCUUGAAGAACUCUUCUGACACAAGCUCCAGUACACAGCAUAUAAAUGCUUUACUUUUACGAUUAACCUCCCAGCCUCCUGUCUUUCUGCUUUUUUCCUUCCUUCCUUGAACAAAACGAACACGUACCAUAUUCAGAACUCCAAGUGUAUAUAUAUAUAGGGCUCGUCCAUUUAGUCAGUGUACAGCGAAACUGAGAUAUGUCUGUAAAAUGCGGAACGCCUCAAUUACCUCGUUGAAGUCCUGUAAAAGCGCUGCGGUAUAUAUAGUACAACGAAGUGUGCCAAAAGGCGGGAAUGUACCACUCACGUAGCUUUUAUUCCAUAUUCGCAUGCGUUUAGGGUAUCAUUUGGGUGCUGACUUGUGCCUAUGUUUCUGUAAAUUGCCUGGAAACCGUGCACAAACGGGAAAGUGCAAGCAUCUACAUUUUGUGCGAAUGAAAAAAGUUUCAACUGUGAAUGAGCCUCAACGUGUAUGUUCAUGUCUCAACGAAAGUUCAUGUUUGUCUUGUGCCCAAAAUAAAGAGAAAAAAAAAAGCUGUGCUCUUUUUGUUCAA